GCGGGCCCGCACCUGUUCCGCCAGAGGGCACCCUGGGACCGCCGCCCGGCGUCCUCGCCCCAGCAGCUAGAUCUCUUGCAGGGGAGAGUCGUCCUCCCACCGCCGCGGACCCACCAGCGGGAAGGCGGGACACCCGUGCACAGCGAAGCAGGCUCUGUACACAGUGGUCAUUGGCGCACCACACCUCACUCUGCCGGCAGUCUGGAACAACAGUGUGACAGUUUCCAUCUUGGACCAUGAAGAUGCGGGGGACACCCCAGGGAAAGGAAAGCAGCAAGCCGGGAGGUGCCACGGAGCAGAAUUGCUACAGCCCUGACUGCCUACAUCUGGAAUUUUCAGUGAUAGAUGAACUUCUAACUUGGUUGACCCACUGUUAUUCUGAGUCUCUGUCCCUUGCUGCUGAGCCUACGCCUAACCAACAUCGAAUCUGCUAGUAGGUAGAAGAUGCUCUAGAUUCAAUCUUGUUUCCAAAUUGAUGAAUACAAUGGCUGCUGGCCCAAAGACCCCUUCCCACCAUCAGCAAAGGUGACUGCUACGAUGGCAUUCCAUCUCUCUGUCCCUGUUAAAUUUGAGUAUACCAGUGGGAAGAUUGGAAAACAUUUCUGCCCCUGAAAAUAUAUCAGACACUAUGGUGUGCUGAGGAUUCUACAGGCUGCAUGUGACUAUCAAGAAAACAAUCAAUCUAUGAACUGCAGAGGUGGGUGUGAACACCACUGCCCUGGGGCUGUUUACAUUCCUCCCAGCUGCCAGGUGAAGGCGAUCAGAUGGAAGGCGGAGAUGUCAUUCCCUCUUCGAUGCCAGAUGGAGGUGGUCAGGUGACAUUCCUCCCAGCUGCCAGCUGAAGGUGAUCUGAUGGUUUUCUUCCUUGUUUGCAGUCAGCAUUUCUGGAGUUUGCCCCCCAGGUAUGCCAUCCAGGAAGACCACGAGCACAACGGGGUGAUUGUAGGCAAGACCGAAGAUGUCAGCCCUUGCCAAAGGAAGGUUAUGGAGAGUGGUGGGGUUGUGUACAUGAAUGACCUCCCAGUCUACACUCAGCAAUAGAUAUACCCUGCGUGUACUUGAGGGAGGUGAUCUCAUAAGUGAAGAACCAGGCAGUGAAGAACAUGCUGGUGGCCAACAGCAGCGUAAUUGGAGGGGGAGGACAGCCAGGUGCACCGGGCUGGUAUGUCUCCUCAUGGUCUCCGGCUCUGUUUUGCUGGCAGAAAAGGAUCGUCCACCAUUCUGCCCUGUCUGGGUUUUCAUCUGCUGCUCUGGACCUUCUUGCUGGGGUUCAGGCAGAGGCUGUGAUGACAUCAGGAAGAUUGGCCAGAAUGAUCCUAUCAAAAAGUAAGCUCUGCAUGGGAAACGUGGUGGCCAAGACAAAAGUUGUCUUUCGGUCUUUGUGUUUGAUGUUGGAUAUAAAACUUGGAAAUUUUAUGACUGGUCACAGAUUACAACUGUGGUAAUUUUUGGAAAAUAUGAUCCAGAACUUAUGUGCUAUGCUCAUUCACACGGAGCCAGAGUAGUGCUAAAAGGAGAUAUACCCUUAAAAGAUAUAAUUGAUCCUACUUUCAGAGCAUCCUGGAUAGCUCAAAAAGUUAAGUUGGCCAAAGCACAAUAUAUGGACGGAAUGAAUAUAGACAUAGAGCAAGAAGCUAAUUGUUUUUCACCUGAAUAUUAUGCAUUAACUGCUUUAGUCAAAGAAGCCACAGACUCUUUCCAUCGUGAAAUUAAGGGAUCACAGGUAACCUUUGAUGUAACUUGGUCUCCAAAGUGCAAAGACAGGUGCUAUAAUUACACUGGAAUUGCAGAUGCUUGUGACUUUCUCUUUGUGAUGUCUUAUGAUGAACAAAGUCCAGCCUUGUCAGAAUGUAUUGCAGCAGCCAAUGCUCCCUAUAAGGAGACAUUAACUGGGUAUGAUGACUACAUCAAGAUCGGCAUUAACCCUGAGAAACUUGUAAUGGGUAUCCCCUGGUAUGGUUAUGACUAUACCUGUCUAAAGCUAUUGGAGGAUCGUGUUUGUACCAUUCCAAAAGUCCCUUCCUGGAGGGCCUCUUGUGGUAUUGCUUCAGGACAGCAGGUGCCCUAUAAAAUAAUUAUGAAGCACGUAAAUAGUUCUAUUUCUGGAAGCCACUGGGAUAAAAAUCAGCAGGCCUCUUACUAUAACUAUAAACUUAUCUACCUUCUAGGAGAGACUGUGUUAGUACUAGAGGCAGUUGAUGCUGAGGAGGACUUUAAAGGGUGGAAGGAUUCUUCUGGCCAUUUGCAUCAAGUGUGGUAUGAUAACCCUCAGAGCAUUUCUUUAAAGGCAGCAUACAUACAAAAGCAUGGCUUACGAGGCAUUGGCAUGUGGCACGCAAAUUGUCUUGACUACUCUGGAGAUGCUGUAGCCAAACAGCAAACCGAAGAAAUGUGGAAAGUCUUAAACCCAAAGCUGUGACAGAUGAGCAUCUUUUGUCAAACUAAGAUUUAGAAAAAUGAUCUGUAUAAAUAGAUCCGUUUCCUGAAGAAAUGAAAAUGUAUACAUUUUUGUCAUAUAAUUUAGUUAUAUUUAAAAGCAAUUAAAAGCAGAUAAAUGCUUUGGUUAUCUAAAAACAAAGGUAAGAAGUCAACUUGCUAUAUUUAUUCUUCUGUGUUUAAUACUAUAAUUAGGAAAAAUUGUUUUCAGAAUUUUAUUGCUGAUUUUUAAAAUAUGUAUAAUUUGAAUUGGAAUUAUUUGCUUAGACUAGAUUUUUUAAAACCUAGUCUUUGAGAAGCAGUUAGCUCUGUACUUUUUGUUCCAAAAAUUUUUCUGCUUCCUGAUUUCAUAUAGUACUCAAAUUCUCUGAAAGCCUCCAGAGGAAAAAAUAAAAUAUAAGUCAUAUUUUGAAUUAGUAUGUUAGAACUACCUAAUAUUUUUUACCUAAAUUAUUUUUAUGAGGUUAUAGCAGAAACUUUCAGGAAAAACUUAGUGUUGAACAUGAUUCUAUUAAUAUUCCUUCAUUUAUGAACAUCUAUAAUUUCUUUCCAUUGUUAAAUUUUUUUCUAUAUGUGCAUUUUUCCUUUAAUUAUUUAAAGACAUUGGUUUUUCAACUUUUUUCUCUGCACAAAAUCUCUCUAAAAGAUAAUUUUUCUAAAUGUAAAGAGGUCUCUGUUCUUUUCCUCAGGGCAAUUGUGUUACACUUAUUAAAAAUCUGCAUCCUUGAACUCUGGACUUACAUAAAUCCUGUCUUCUCUGUACAUUUCACCCUCUUCCCUCAUUUGGAAUAAAUGAUGAUUCAGUCACCUGUUAUUGAGAA